AUGGCAAUAUCAACUCUCAGCAGACUCUCCUCUCAAUUCAACCGCCUCCCUUCCCUCUCUCCCUUCACCAAAUCCCUCCUCACCCGCUCCUCCGCCACCACCACCACCACCACCACCACCACCACCGCCACCGCCUCUGCCUCCGCCAAAGUCGCCGACAGAAUCGUGAAGCUCUCCGCGAUCGACCCGGACGGCCAGAAACGAGAGAUCAUAGGCCUCUCAGGUCAAACACUCCUCAAAGCCCUAAUAAACAACGGUCUAAUCGACCCAGCCUCGCACCGCUUGGAGGAGAUCGACGCUUGCUCCGCCGAGUGCGAGGUCAACAUCGCCCAGGAAUGGCUCGAGAGGCUGCCCCCGAGAUCUUAUGACGAGGAGUAUGUGUUGAAGAGGAAUUCGAGAGCUAGGGUUUUGAACAAGCAUUCAAGGUUGGGCUGUCAGGUUGUGCUUACCAAGGAUCUCCAAGGUAUGGUUGUUGCUGUCCCUGAGCCUAAGCCUUGGGAUAUUCCAUUUAGCUGGUGCUUGAACUUGCCAGUCGAAGUUAUUGUUUGUGGUUUGAUAUUUGUCAAAGGCUUUGAUGAGCAUCGUUGGUCUUACCUUGGCCGAUCACCUAACUCAUCUAGCACAAUCCAGUCUAGGGAGUUUCUGUUUUGGCUGCUUGUGCUGUUACAGGCUCCUAGAGAUAUGAUGACCUUCAAGUUUAUGGCAGUACAAAUUGGAGGAGCUUUGGUCAUUUUGCCAGAAUCAGUUUGGAAUGUCCAAGAGCUUAAAGCGAUUCUGGCCUCAAAAUUAAUGAGAAUCUUAGCAUUAGCUAAUGGGAUAUAG